AUGGACGAGAUACUGUCGUCGGUCCCGCAUCAACACUCUGACGCCGCAGCGUUCACUUUCGAUGAUCUCUUCUCACCUCCGCAUCAACACUCUGACGCAGCAAUUUCCACGGUCCCACUUCAACAAUUUGACGCCGCAGCGUUCAAUAUCGAUGAGCACUUCUUAUUUCCGCAUCAACACUCUGACCCCGCAGUGUCCACGGUCCCACAUCAACACUCUGACGCCGCAGUGCUCACGGUCGAUCAAUUUCUCGCACAUCAUGAUGACGUUAAAGGUCAGCUCGAUAUCGUGUAUGAAUACGCGGGUGCUACAGAUGCAAGAGAUCGACAUGCACAAUGGCUAGAGAUGAAUAUACAUCCCACCGAUGUUCUCGAAAGGUUAAAAUUUAUCCCUGGACAAGAUCUGCUUCUUGUACAGAUUCCAACGUUUAGAUUGAUCUAUUACGUGGAUCAGUACAAUGAAAAAACCCCUUGCGCCGCAUAA